CGAUCCCUUGUCACGCACGAUUUAACACUACCGACUCCACCGAGACUCGGCGUGUCUCCAAAACCGUGCCUUUCCCUGAACCUUCUUUAUCGCACCGCCCGUAUUGUCUCAGGCGAUCCAGUUUCAGAGACAGGCAGAGGAUCUCGUCCGUGUUAAGGCGGUCAGGGAUCAGUGAUUAAGCACCGAUCUGCGGUCCUUUUCAAGAGCGGUUUAAUCUUGCGUCGAGAAAAUAGAAUUUGUCAGUGAACGAUCGUCUGAAACAAGAUGGCCGCCAUUGCUCCUGACCCGAAAAUGCCCGGAAUGGAGAUGCAACAACAGCCAGGGCAUCCCCCGCCCGGAGAGCCGCAGUACCAGCCGCCGCCGCCAGGUUACGCCCAGCAACUAGGUUACGCCCAGCAACCAGGUUACGCCCAGCAACCAGGUUACGCCCAGCAACCAGGCUACCCGCAGCCCCUACAGCCCGGCAUGCCCCAGCAGCAAACCGUUGUGGUGGCGGGGAUGCAGCCUACGAUGGUGAUUGUGGACUCCAAGCCAGCAGAUUACUUCGGCUUCGCGCUCUUCACCUGUCUGUGCUGCUUCUGGCCGACAGGAAUCGUGGCCCUCAUCUUCUCCUGUCAGGUGGACUCCAGGUGGAACGCAGGUGACCGCGAAGGCGCGAAGUCUGCCUCCAGCAGCGCCAACCUGUUCUCCAAGAUCAGCCUCGGUAUCGGCAUCGCCUCCCUCAUCAUCGUUCUCGUCAUCAUCCCCAUCUACUUCCUGGUCAUCCUCCCCGCUCAGUUUGCCGCGGCGUUCGGUUAACAAAUCCUACUCUAAACUCCAGGCAGAUGCAACGAUACGGCUCAGUCUUUUUUAGGAGCACGCCUUAGCUUUUUGCCCCUCGUUAUCCUACCGGUUACAGCGACGAUAAAGACGAACUGAAUGUUACAAAACACGCGUAAAACACUGAGACUGAGCUAGACCCUUACAUCUGCUUGGAGAUUGUCAUCUCUACAGCACAGGUGACGAUACCACAAUUCAUGUUGUGCAUUUUGACUUAAACUUUGACUAUUAAACAGCGCAGAAACGCUCAAAAGGGCCUAAAUCAUACAUGACAUCUUGAAAAUCGGCACACAGACUAUACCAUCUACCUGAUCGGUUCUUGUCUAUAUUUCACCUUUUUUAUCAACUUUAUCGACAGUGAUCACUAAAUCAUAAGUAACAUCAUGU